AUGGCUGCACCUCCAUUACUUCCAACACCAAAGGGCCCAUAUGAGGAAAAACUUGUAGAAUAUGGCGCUUAUAAUGGAACUGUUCUGCAAGGACUUCUCGUUUACCAUAAAUCAAUCUUUCCAAAGAAGGCCACUCCAGCCAUAAUUGUUUUCCAUGCUUUCACCGGCAGGACAGAGUUUGAAAAUCAGAAGGCUCGUGAUUUGGCUAAGGUAAGCUAGGU